AUGACCGAUUCUCGCAAGCCAGAGCGCACUGAGGGAGAGGCUGACCACCAGGUCGCAGCGCCCACGAUUCCAACCGGCCAGAAAAGCCUCGCACCAUUGUCUACCCACGACGGCGAACCAUCACCCACCGCGGACACUGACGAUGUCGCGGAAGAUGAAGGAGGGGUCGACUACAGGUGGUUGCUGUCACAGGACUCGAAAACACAGGCACCGAUCCUCCGAGGAACCAAAGAGUUCGGCCCGGAUGGCUCUAACGCACAGAGCAAGGCGCUGGAAGAGUCGCGGAAUGCACUCCAUACCAUUCUCCAGGAGGAGCGCAGGGCGUCUAGCCGCUCAAUGAACGAAGCCGAGUGGGACCCCCACCACUGUGUAGCGCGCGUCACCGUCCAGCGCGGGACAUACUACCAGGCGGCGGGCACGACGGUCGGAUCCGAUCUGUACCUGUUGCCGGAGGAAGCGCUGUUCAUGAUUGAACGCAAUGCGAUGAUGUUGACGUAUCGCGGCGGGUUGUGCUCUAUGCAGCAGGCGUUUGACUUGUUGGUCGGGCUGGAGGAUGUGGGUGGGGAUAUGGUUGAUAUGGAUGGGUAUCAGGUCUAUGCCUACCUGAAGCGACUGGGAUAUGCCGUCCUCCGGACACAUUUGCCGCCUUUCUUACGACCGGUGCGCGCAAAACGGCGGAUUGGACCAUCCUCCACCACCGUAUCGACGCGGCCUUCGUUCUCUGUGCUAGCUACGAUAGGAAGCUUUGGCCGGCUCUUCAACCGGCUCAUCGGAUGGCUGCUAGCAUGGUGGCUCCCACGCAGAUCCACCCCACAUUGGCCCAUCGUCGAUCUACGGCGGUGUCGGUACUCGACGGAUGUGUUUCGGCAAUUGCAGAUCAUUCCUCGAUUGAACGUCGAAAAGCCUACUAUUCCGGCCGCGGCGGCGCCAUCCUCUUCUCCGCCGGCACCGCCGUCUAGACUCGAAGGUCGACCUAUACGCGCUUUCAAUGUCUACAAGCCACGGCCCCGUUUCAAGAAGAGCGAUCCUGGACCUCCCGAUUUUCGCGUUGUGGUUCAAAAUGUAACGGACCCAAUGUUUGAUGUAGAAGACUUCCACGCCCAACUGCGACAAAUGGAUGAGGAAUGUACACAGCUGAAAAUUGGUAUAGUCGAUGGCGGGAACGUCUCGUUCCUUGCAUUCGGUCCGCCUGCCGCUCCCCCUAUCCCGUAA